GGGGGCGGAGCCUGCAGUGAUAGGAGGUCAUAAUGAGAUUGGAGAUGGGCUCUGAGCUGAGGAGAGGUGAGUGGAGAAGAACGAAGAAAGGAGAGGCUGCCUUAGGAGACAAAGGCAGCAAGGCCUGGGGGGCCAUGGGCAUGAGAGGGCUCAGGGACCCGGAUGCUGAAAAGGGGGGCUUCUAUCCUGGCUGACAGCAGAGAGUGACAGAUUGUGUAGUUAACCAGAGUGGAGACCUGCUGUCACCUUCUAGAGGCUCAGAGAGGUGGAGAAAGAAAGACAGACUGACGAGAUCAUGUGGAAGCAGGCAAAGAGAGAAACACAAAGAUGGAAGAUCUAAGAUUUGCAACUGCUACCCAAGAAUGUACUGGCUUCUUCCUGCCUUGCUGCUGUGACCCAGAACACAGAACCCUAGCCAAGGGCCACUCCCAGGAAGGGUCAGGCAGUAGGUCAGGCAGUGUGGCACAGCGAGGGUUAAUGCCAUCUUCUCUCCCUGCCAGCCUGCUAGCCCGGUUGGGUCCCCAGGGCUCCCCACAUAUGUCACCCCCUCUUCUGCCAAACCCACUGCUUCCCAGCUCCUAAGACCCUCCCUCCACCCUCAAGGACUAGGCCUAGGCCCCAGAGUCUUCCCUACACACUAACCUCCCUCCCCACCAAUCUACCUCAAAGGCUGUGUGGAUAUGAAAAGAGAUUGUACCCAACUGAAAAAGAGAACGCCUAUAAAAUGUAAACUGACAAUAACCAUAGAGCCAUUGGCAUUACCCCAUCCCCAGCCCCUGCUUUCAACAAAGACCCCCACACAACUCCAGAGUUCCUUCCCCUUGGCCAGCCCGGGUUGCUGGCAACCUGAGCUGACCUCAGAGCCUCCCCAGCCUCCCUCAACCAUAAUGCCCCAUAUACAUGUGUGGAAAACUUCUCGCCACGUUUAGAUCACCGUGCGUAGAUGUAAAGGUUGGGGUGAGCAUUUCACAAUUUACCUUGCACUUUCCCGUGCAUUGUGUGAUGAAAGCCCUAUGUGGAAGGCAACAUUAUCCCCACUUCAUAGUUGACAAAAGCAGACUCAGUCAAGUUUCAGUGACUUGUCCAAGGUCACCAGGACAUGUCUCUUGGCCCCAAGUUCAGUACAAUUAGUGGUUCUUUACACCACGCCAUGCUUAUAGCUUCUCUUUAUCACAUGCUUAUGUUCUCCUUUACCUACUCCCUGGAGGAGCAAAACCUGAAUUCUUGAGUGAAGACUUACUGGGGACCCCAGGUGCACAGGAGGAGGAGGUGAUCACAGAGCACUCUCAGACCCCUUUUUACCAUCAAACCUCAGCUUGUACUGGGGACAGUAUGGACUGAGUGCUUCAAGGCUGAAGGUUACAGGGUCAAAGGAUCUGAGGUAAAGGGCCUGAAAGGAGGUAGGCUGGGAACAGGGAUCUUGUUUCUCCCUUCUCCACACACUGCCACCCCUCUUGCCAUGGUUCCCUUCUGCUUCUAGGGUCUCUAGGUUCUGCCUCUGUUUUCCUCAAUGUCUCACCCUUUGGGAACAGUAGCAGUCCCUCAUCUCUAUAGUUCUGUUUAUCGUGUCUCCCCGCCUAUUCUCGUCUGGAGUAUUUUUUGUUCUUCAGAACUAUCUGUGCUCUGCCUCUCCCUUGUCUAUAGGUCUCCUGCACCCUGUCCUCCUGAUACUCAAGACACUCUCCCAGUAUCUGCAUCUAUCCAUCCCUGAACAUCUGUGUUUUUCCACAUCUGUGUUUUGCCCAGGUCUGUGUCUCUUUAAUGGUCUCUUUUCAGGUCUUUCUCAUGUCCCUACCCCCCUGCCAUAUCUUGCACCUCUGAGUCUCCCACAAAACCUUGGCAACCUGGCAAUUCUGCUCCCAUCCUCUCUCUUUUUUUUUAAAUCUCUGUCUCCUCUGUGUCUCCAUCUCCCCUUGACAAGUCUUCCCCAUGUCUGUUACCCAAUGACUCUGUUUUCUCAUCUUUCUCUCUCUUCUCUGGGUCUCAGUCUCUCCCCAUGUCUCCCCCUUCAUUUCCUCUACUUCCUCUCCAUCUCCUAUUUGUUUGUAUCUCUCCUCUCCCUCAUGGCAUGCUUGCCUGAGUCUCUCAGUCUCCCAAUUUCUUGGAUGGGGUGGAGGGCAGGAGCGUGGGGGAGGUAGAAUUGUUGUUGCUGGGGGCUCAUUAGGUGGAGAUUGGUUUUUAAUCAGUACCAUGGAAAUGAUGAUGCAAGAACUGAGAUGCCACCUGAUCCCCAGCCCCCCCAGCCCCCCUCCUCAAGCCUCCUUUCCCCUCCAGCUCAGCCCAUCUGCUGGUGCCUGGGCACCUGUCUGGGCCUGCCCAGGUGGGAGUUGGCACGUCCCAGACCUGGGGGUGGGGGAGCUUGAGGAGGAAUUAUAGAACUUCCCUUAGAGAAUGCCUCACUCUGGAGGAAGUCCAGAAAAUGUUGAUCAGCAGAAGGGAAAUGGCAAAUACCUCCAACAGCCUGAAGGUGGUGUGUGGUACUACUAAGAUCUGGGCUUGCUCACAAACCUUAUCUCACUUAAUCUCCAUGGCAACCUAAGAAGCAGCUAGAAUUAACCCCAUUUUACAGAAAAGGACAGUUGAGGCUCAAGAGGUUACCUUACUUGUUGGAGGUCACACAGCCGACAGGGCUUUCUUCACUGUAGCACACUAUCUUUGGAGUCCUCCCAGCCAUGGUUCCUUCUGGAUACUUGCAAAGGUUCAAUGAAGACAUUCAAUAGCUGAGCAGGGGAGAGAACUUAAGAGACUGACACCCAGCCCACUGCCUCUCUGUGCUUCCCUUGGUACCAGCUCUUGCCACCCUGAAACACACAUAGGCUGGAGGCAGCUGAGCUAGUGAUAGGAACUUAAUCACUGCUCAUUUGCAUAUAAUUUUGUAUCUAGUUUUCUUAUUGCUCUUUAGAUGCCCCAGCAUAUGUGAAGCCUGCCCGGGCUGUCCUGCCUCCUCCGCCAGUGUCCUUCCAAUGCUGGUUCUUCCUCUCUCCUCCACUUCAUUACUUUUAGCCCUGUCUUCUUUCCUCCUAAGAGCCCCUAAUUCCCAGUGGGUCAGGUUGGGCUGGGUAGCCUAGAAAAGCUCCUUGUGGGAUCUAUGUCAGGAAUCUGAUACCACCCCCUGUGAUGAGGUAGGUGUGAGAAUGGGGGCUGGGAAAGAGUGCCUGGGGUGAUCGAGUCAGGGUGACCAGGGCAGGGGCCUGAAGAGUGGCCACAGGCAGCUUGGCAAGGGGGCUGUUGGGUACCAGCUUUAUGAAGGAUGAGAGCUUGGUGAGGGCAGGGACUCAUGGGUCCUUUUCUGUGUUUUAGUGCUGUCCACUUGUGCUUUUCUAGAUUUCCUGUUGUACCUUGGAGAGCCUUCUUCCCCAGGAAAAAGAGACAAGGGAAGAAGCUGUCAAAGUCACAAUGGGACUCAGGGUGGGACCCUGGCACUUAAGUCGGGCUUGCUGGGGGUCUCUGUCCCUGCCGCCUCUGGUGUGAGAGAGUGAGGGGUUCAUCUGUGAUCCUGCCCUGGCUCUCGCCCCAGCCCCACCCCUUCCCCAGCUCUCCAUUUCUUGCUUAUGAAAUAUGCAUGGAGAACAGAUGUCCCUGCUCCCCCACUCCCUGUCCCCACCCCCCCACCUCAGGGCCAGCCCCUGCCCCCAGCUCCCAAGAGGGUUCCCAGGUCUCUCUGCCAAUGGCUGCCUGGCAUGCCUGUUUAAUAUUGAUGAGGAGGGGAGCCUAAGCCAGCCAAUGGAGAGCUGGGGGUGUGUGUGUAUCUCCAUAUAUAUAUAUAUAUAUAUAGGGCUGGGCCAGCUCAGGUGUGUAUGUGUUUGUGAGUGUGUGCGCUGGCUUGUGAGUGAGUACUGGUAGCCCCAGUACCUGGCCAAGCCCACCCCCUCCACCUGGGCUCUAUAUCCCCACCAUGUGUACCCCUCUCAUCCACCCCGGAGCCUGUACAGCCACAUCGCGCUGCCCCCGAGGGCUCUAGAAAGCUGGUCACUAACUUUGCAGACGGAUGAGCUCUGAGCAGCCAGAGAAGACGGGGGCUGUCAACGCUGCCCCUGUUCUACCAGCUUGGAUCCCCUCACAGGGUCCUCCUAGGCUUUCAGCUGGAACCAUGACCAUGGAACCCUGAAGUGGCUCUGACUUCUCAAGCUCAGUGGCAGACCCCAACAUCCCAGGCCCUUCCUGCCCCUCCCAGAACCAGCUUUCAGGCUUCCAAAGGGAGGGGUGGGGAGGGUAUCCUGAUCUCACAGGGCAGGGAGCUUCCAUCAUGAUGCUCAACUCAGACACCAUGCAGCUGGACCUGCCUCCCACCCACUCUGAGACGGAGUCAGGAUUCAGUGACUGUGGGGGCGGUGCAGGUCCUGAUGGGGCUGGGCCCGGGGGUACAGGAGGGAGCCAGGCCCGGGGCCUGGAGCCAGGAGAGCCUGGCCGGAAAGACCUGCAGCACUUGAGCCGGGAAGAGCGGCGUCGCCGGCGCCGGGCCACAGCCAAGUACCGCACUGCCCACGCCACGCGGGAGCGAAUUCGCGUGGAGGCCUUCAACCUGGCUUUCGCAGAGCUGCGCAAGCUGCUGCCCACACUGCCCCCAGACAAGAAGCUCUCCAAGAUUGAGAUCCUGCGCCUGGCCAUCUGCUACAUCUCCUACCUGAACCACGUAUUGGAUGUCUGAAGGAGUCCUGGAUGUGCCUGUCCUCCCCUGGUCUCUCUAGGUCCCUUCUCAAGGCCCGCUGCCUAGAACCUCCAUCUCCUCCCCAGCCCUGUACCUUGGCAUGGAGUCCCCAGUCCCAGGCCUAGGCAGAGUGCCCUCCCCUCUCUGCUUGUCGUGAAGGCUUCUUUCUAUUACGGACACAGGCAUCCUAGGGCUGUUCUCAUGGGUACCUCCUACAGUUGGUGGUUGGGGCCCAGCUGGUUAGAAGUGUCUGCUUGGGAGGUCAGUACACAGUCCUAGUUGUAUUUACUAAGCCAGCCACACGUGGGUCCCCCUAGCUCUCUAUGGGCUGCUUGCCUCUCUACCCCACAUGCAAAUUUUCAGAGACCCCAGACCCACCCCUUGUCUCCCAUCCUUUUUCCUCCCUGUGCCAGCUUCUCCUGCCCAUGGUAGGGAGGGGACAUCAGAAUAGGAAGGGGGGAGGCUGGGUUCAGAGUGGGGUGAGCUUCUUCCUCAGAGAUCUCAGUUUAGUUUGGCAGAGGGGUCUGGUGGGGAGGGGUCUGGUGAGAUUCCCUGUGAGGGGAAUCCCAGUAGCCAAAAUUAUGGAAAAACUCUUACUGUUUUCUGUUUUGUCCGUGAGGCUUAGCACAUGCAGCUUGGCUCUUACUUGGUAGUGAGUGCCUUGCCCUCUCUGAGCUAUUUGGCCCCCUGCCUGCUGCCUCCCAACCCCGACCAUCCCAUUUUUCUCCCUCCCUGGGUGCAGUAAGAGAAGGGGAAACCUAGAUCCUGUGGUGGGGGGUGAUGUCCCCAAACUCAGCCCAGGGUGGGCCAGAUCUCACAUCUGCUUCCUCCAUCCCAGCCCACCACAAAAAUGUGCAAACCCACACCAGUUCCUCCUCAGCUCCAGGGUGUGUCCUGUCAUUGCCUCCUGGGAAAGCUCAGCUCUCUAGGCCCUAAGGCCUGUCUACUAUAUUUUUUCUCCUACCUUAAGCUGCCUUCAGCAAGGGAAGAGACCCCCACCCAUUCCACCUCCAGGAUUUCUGCCCCAACCCUCCCCAUUGCUGAGCCCCACCUGCUCAUUGUAGCCCUGGGUGAGCAGUAGAACAAGGGCCCUCAGACCUGUGUAGAAGAAAUGAGCUCACUGCACUUACCAUGCUCCUCCUCCCUCACACCAAACUCUUAGCUCUACAAGGAUAUUAUUUAUGUAUGUAUUUAUUUAUUCAUCUAUUUAUUUACUUAUUUAUUUAUAAAUAUUACUAUUUAUUGCUGAGUUGUGCACUUUGUGGCAGAGUGAGGGGAGCCCUGGCUGCCCUAGUCAGGUCUCUCUUUCUUCCUCCCUGAUUGCUCCAUUCCCUUUUGUGCUCCUUCUGCAACUCUGAGUGUGUGUGGGGAACUCCUUUGCUCACCACACCCACAUCCCUUCCUCAGAUCCAUCUGUUUUGACACCUUAGUCCGCUGGGAUGGUGCCUCUCUUCUAGCUCCAGGGUUCCUGGAUCCUUCCUCAGCAACCUCCAUCCCCAGACAAUCCCACCCCAGUACCCCCGGCCUCUUUUCUAUCUCCAGCCCUCCCCCAUGACUCUCAUUCUUCCUAAUACCUCCAAAAGUGGGCCCUAGGGGUCUGUGUCCUGUAUGUCCUGAUUCCCUCCUGUUUGCAUUUCUGACUUCAUACAAAAAGAAAAAUUAAAGUGACCUCGUUCUA